UAUAAAGAAGCGCGUGAAGAAGGGCGGAGGGAGCCGCACCCUGCCCUCGUCGGGGGGCACGCCCACGAGGGGGGUGGAGAGCCCCGGGGGCGUCCGCGGCGGCACCCCCAUCGACCCCUCGGAGGCGAUAGGCUGGGCCGUCGUCAAGUAUAACUACCAGGCGCAGCAGAUGGACGAGCUCUCGUUAGUUAAAGGUACAAGAGUGUUAAUCCUGGAGAAGAGCAAUGAUGGCUGGUGGCGAGGGCACUACAAUGGCCUGGUGGGCUGGUUCCCUUCCAACUAUACCACAGAAGAACCCACUGAAGAGGACCACACCUACACCUUAGCUGAGAAUGUGCUCGAUGUUGUCGUGGCGCUCUACUCAUUCACCGCUCAAAAUGAACACGAGCUGUCCUUUACCAAAGGGGAGCGGAUGGAAAUCUUGGACAGACCACCGUCCGACCCAGAGUGGUACAGAGCGAGGAAUACGCAAGGACAGGUUGGACUCAUCCCAAAGAAUUAUGUUCAAGAACUCCACGAGGUUGUGGACACCCGGGCGUCUCGCUCGCGGGAACCCUCACAGACUCGCCAGCUCCCUCCUCCAGGCCCUGCCAACAGUGCACCUCCGCCUCCUCACCCUCCAGCUACAAAUGGUGGUGCACACAAUGCCGAUUCACACCUUGCACAGGGCAUGCAGGGUAUGAACAUCAAUGCCGCUGCCCCCAACACCACGGCACCAUCCAUGCCUCAGCCUCCCCCUGUCAGUGGUGUUCCUCCAGAUAAGGGACACUUCACCACUAGAGAUUGGUAUUAUGGGCCUAUUACGCGAGCACAGUGUGAUGACGUCCUCAAUCAGCGUGGCCAUGAUGGAGAUUUCCUCAUUAGAGAUUCUGAGACCAAUGUGGGAGACUUCAGUGUUUCCUUGAAAGCAGCAGGUCGUAAUAAGCACUUUAGGGUCCAUGUUGAAAACGGCUUUUACUGCAUUGGUCAGCGGAAGUUUGCUACUCUGGACCAGCUAGUAGACCAUUAUCAACGAUCCCCCAUUUACACCAGUCAGAAAGGAGAGAAGCUCUACCUAAUCCGACCACUGCCCAAAGCAUAAAUUCAGCAACAACCCUUUGUGUGUGUAAGACAUUAGCUCAUGAACUCCCCAAGAUUUUUUGCCAUUGCAAGAAAAGGACUGAUACCUCAUGCACUCAGCCCUCUGUGGGAAAACCCCUCAGGUCACUGGGUCUGCCAAGAACAAUUCAAAUGUAAGGGAACCCGUUCACUCAGUGGGUCACUGGGGCUAAUAAAUACUUCAGUAGUUCUUCCUUCACAGAGUUUAAAAAAAAGAAUAUACAUAUAUAAAUUUGUGUCAUAUUUAAUACAAGUAAAGCUCUGAAGGCCUGAUGUUCAUGAAAGAUAAAUUACUUUUGUACCUUCAUAUACAUUAGAGCAGUUUAGUUUAGUUAUUCACUGACAGCUAUUGGUCUAUGAAGCAGCUGAAAUGCAGCUUAUUGGAUGAGCAAACUGAAAUUUUAAAAUGUGGGGUAUUUAAAAGUUAUGGAAAUGCUUCCAAAUCUUUUGCUGAAUGUGUAGUGUAGCACUGAUAAGCUAACCAGAAAUAAUGCUAUGUGCUCUCUGUAGCUGAAAAUAUCCGGAUGAAUGUUUAUAAUCACUGAUUUUUCAGUGGAAAACUGUUUUUUUCCAAUGUACAUGGAAAGUGUUGUCCAGUCUUUAUGCAUUGAAUGUUAACAAUUAAAAAAGUGGUUCAUCAUAACACCAUAAUCUCAGCAGUGCUUGGAAAUGUAUGAUCUGUCUCGGAAGUGGGGUGUUGCACUUCGCCAGAUUCGAUUGGAACAAAUGUGAACAACUGGUUACAAUUCCUCCAUGAUAUUAGCUCCCACUCCUGCAGGCAUAUUCUGCAGAAGUGAAGAGAUGUGGCCGCCUCCAGUGGUGGCCAUUCCUACUACUAUACUGGAGUCCAUGUAUUCAUUCAACAAAUAUGUUAGUUGUAGUCUAUGAAUUACAGAAUGUAGAAAUUGCAGCCUCUUGUUAUAUAAGGCAGGGGUUUUCUGUCACUGAAGUAUCCACAGUGAGUGCAUAAAGGAUGGAACCAGCAUCAUGUCACAGAUGUAUCCUGCAAAUACUUAAUUAGUUUCAGAGAAUAGUUGCAGCAGUUUUACAGUACAGUAUUAAGUGACUAAAGCACUCUUGCUGGUGGUGCUCCUGCCCUGGGUUGCAAACUUCUUGGCUGGGCAAAUGAUAAAGCUUGUGUGUACUAAUGUAUGUGCAUAUCAGUUCCAUUUGGAAUUGGUCGAAGCUUUCCUUGUUUGAUUUAUUUGACAUUCUUACUCAGAUAAUGUCAGUGAUUACUAUAAGAAUGUGUACUAUGUAUGCAUGGUACCAUAAGAGGAAUGUUAAACACCAAGGGGUCAGAUUAGCAAAAGCACAGUGAUAUUGCUUAUUGGCUAAGGAUGAACCCGCAGGAAACGUGUCUUAGACCAGAUCAUGUGCAUUUCAACUCUCUUGGCUAGUCCUGGGGAGCAACAAUUUGAUAUUCAUGAGAAAAUUACUUCUCAAACUUUUGUACAUGGCAAGUUUUUUAUCAAUUUAGCUUUUAAUAUUAAUCUAGCUUCUUAUUCCCACUAGUCAGUAUAGCUUGAAAGACAUGGCACAUUAAUGGCAAUCUGUGCAGCUUUUUAUACUUGAGUUAACAGUUAGGUAUAGAUGUUAAGAGAUACCAGUCAUGUUUGUGUGUGAAACAAUUGCGGGAAAUUACUUUUUUCAGCAUGAAAAUAUUUUGUGUAAGAGUCUGCCAAGGUCCAAAUGUUGGAACUCGGCAUACUUAUAUAGCAUAAACUUGUGUAAAUCUUUCUACUCCUUUAUACAUUGUAUCUUGGUAUCCUUUGCAGUUUUAUUUGCAAAUAACCCUCCAGGGGAUCAUUUUGCCUUUGUUUGCUUCACUUUUUUUGAAGUUUGUGUUCAUUUUUUUUUUCUCUUUCUUUCAUUUUUUUCCUCUUCUUCGUCUUCUUUGUAAUUUAAUCAUAGAAUCCUUUGCACCAUAAUCUCAAAUCCUUAUUUUCUGUGGUGUGAGAGUUUAUCAGCAUGCGUGUGCUGUAUGUUUGUUUGUAAGUGCUAGUCAUAGGCCCUGCCACUGACACUGGACUCAGCAGUGCUUUAAGCAGCCCAGAAAGAGCAUCAGGUUCCAGCCUUUCACACACCUUAAUUGUAACUGCAAUGGUACUAUGUAGCCUGCCACAGAUAGUCCCUGCUUUGCCUGUAACCAAAGAUUGUCCCUGUUGUGGAUUCUUCUUUAACACAAUGGUGUGCUUGAUAUUAUAGGCCUACAGGAUUUCCCAGUUUCAAUAUUCAAUACCCAAACUGCUGUCAACAGUAGUGUGAUUAUAAAAAAAGAUAAAAAUACUAAUGAUUAUAUAAAAAA